AGUUGUUAUUGCUGGUGCUGCGGGUUCUGCUGCCAGUGUUGACAACCAGGGAACUGAGAGUCGAUAGAUUACCCCUCGGUUCUGAGGUGACAGCGCGGCCUGAUGACUGAGCCCAGAUACAGGAACUCUCCUGUAUAGCAGCUGGGAAACAGAGACAUCCGGACUCUAUGGAAGUCAUGGAGAGUCCUCUGAACCUGGCACAUCAACAAAGUAGAAAAGCAGACCGGUUUUUGGCAACAGGGAAAUAUGAAGAAGCAAUUGCAUGUCACAAGAAAGCUGCAGCUUAUCUCUCUGAAGCCAAAAGGCUGACACAGUCUGAGCAGGCUCAACUGUCUUUAGAACUGCAACGAGACAGUCACAUCAAACAGCAGCUGUUAAUUCAAGAGCGAUUGAAAAGAGCCAGAAGAGAAGAAAAACUUCGAACUCAACCAAAAGCGAAAGAAAAGGAAUCCAUUGCUCAUCUCCAAGCCUCUUACAGGUUAUCUACAGAUGAUGUUGACAGCAAAAAUGCACUCCUUUCUGCAGGGCAGAAACCUAGUUCCAUCCCAGGGAAGUAUUUGCAAGAAACCCACAGUGUCUUUGAAAGAGAACCAGACUCCUUAAUCUAUUUGCUACAGAAAAGAAGGGAGCCAUUAGAGGAACAUAAGGGAAACCGAAUCCCAAAAGAUGACAAGACAAAACUAGAGGAACAGGCAACCAAAAUUAAAGAGUUAAACCUACUGGUUGACACUCUUUUGGUUGAAAACGAAAAGUUAAAAAAGGAAAACCGAAAGCUGCGAGCAGAGGUAGUAAGGCUGCAAAAAGCUCCUGAAAAAGAGAUAGAUGUAGACACAGACUUCGUGGAGAAGUCCGAGUUAUGGAGUCUACCACAGCCCAUGGAAAGUUCAACCAACACUGCCCCCUCAUGGCAAAGGUUUGUAGCAAAUCCUGGAAAAGGUACAAACAUUUCCAUACCUAAUCUUCCUCCCUUAGACAUUCCUUUGCCAGAUCUUCCUCCAUUGGAGCUCCCAGAAGAUAUACAAUCUCAACUUAAAGGACUUAUGGAUAGCUAGAAGACAAAACCAAUGUUUUACAGCUUCAGUACAAUCACCAGAAAAGGGAAAAACCAACACGUCAGCAAUAUUAUUAGGUUGCCCUCCUUAUUGUAGAAGGAUAUUCAAUGCAGUAUACUGAUAGACAUGUCACUGUGAAACCUUCAAUAUAUUAUCGUCUGAUAAAUGGAUAUAGAAUACCCAUGACUGGUGAUAAGCAAGCGCAGCUCCCAGGACUUCAGUUUUUGUUCUGUUUUUUUUUUUUCAUACCAAAUUAAAUAACUUCCCGUUUUGUUUUUGUUCUUCAGAAAAUAUUUAGCUACAAUUUAUAAUUGUUCUAUAGAUUUCCAUAACAAAGGUAAUGCAGUACCUAUUUAUCAUGGUAUUUUAAAUGCUUUCUGUAGUACAUUCAGAAUGUAUGCGUUUUUUAUGGACAGUUUUCUUAACUCCGAAAAUAGUGUAUACACUAUGACUCAUGAAUUUAUUUGUGCCACAUUGCACACCUAACUCCAUUUUAACCUCAAACCAAGCUGGACUGAUAAUACAACUUUUAUUUUAUUUUUUGUUAUAGUUUUCCACAAAAGGAGAAACCAAACUAUAGGCUCUUCUAUUUCUAAAUGAUCAGUUUACAAAAUAAAAAAAAUCAGGGUGCAUCACGAAUAAUUUCGCUGUAUAUUAAGGUAUGCAUUUAAAGAAAUACUUAUUAAACAGAUCAGUGUCUUGUUAUUAUGGUGCAUGAGUGCAAGUAAUUCUGAAUGACAGUAUUUGAUUGAAAAUAAUAAAGUGUGUGUUAUAUCUUAAAGUCUCAGGAUUAUUCUAUGCAGAAAUUCAAAUCAAUAGUUUUGUUUCAUAUAGCAUAAUUACGUGUUAAAAUAAUGUUGUCCACAUACUCAUAAGUUUAACAGUAAGGGACCAGUAUAAUAAAAUGUGAAUGCUGAUUUUGAUGUAUGUUAUAUUAAACUUUAUCAAUAUUAA